GAAAAAGGGUGGGAGUUUCUAUUAUUUACUACUUCAAGGUUACGUACUGCAGUUGGACAACUUAUCUCUGACUAUUUGCCAUUGAAUAAUAUUUCCUCAGUAUAAAUAAUGUCAUCUGAUUAUUCAGACAUGCCGUUACCUCCUAACUGGGAGGCUCGAAUUGACUCAGAAUCCGGGCACUGGUAUUAUAUCAAUCAUGAGGAUAAGACUACUAGUUGGGAUGAUCCACGACCUGCAUAUUAUUCUGCUCAACAGUUAGACCUUUUAAAUACUUAUCGAAUGGGGUUUGGUGAUCGACAAGAUUUAAUUGGUGAAUUUUUCGACAUAUCUGAAAUUUCUUCUAAGUCACAUAAAAAUCCAAAAUCUGUUAACCCUAAACCAUGUGAUGAUCGUAGUAAAGAUGUUCCCACUACAAAAACACAUCGUAGUCGAAUUGAAUCGAAUGGAGAAAUUUCAUCACGAAAAAAUUCUCAUUCCAAAGGAAGAACUUCUUCAACUUAUCGUAAUCGUGAAUCAAAAUCAAGUGUUUGUUCACAAAAUGAUAAUGAAUCCUAUCAUUCAUCAAUUUAUGUUUCACCAGUUGGGAUCACCGGAUUGUCGCUAGAAAAACACCUUGAUACUGUUGUUCCUACAACAACUUCUACUUCCAAUACUGUUAUUCUCACUGAAGAUAAUUCACUUCAAAAGGUUAAUACUACUACUACAACUACUACUGCUAUUACUACUACUACUACAACUCCUACUACUAGUACCGUUAUUCUCACUGAAAAUGAUCCAUUUCAAAAGAUGAAUACUGCAGAAAUAUUGGUUGAAAAGCAGUCAUUGGUGAGUGUUAUGUAAUGUUUAUCAAGUCACUACAUAAUUUAUUAUUUAUUUGGACACAUAGAUAUUGGUAAAAGAGGGCACCAAAUACAUAUGCGCCACACAAGUCACUUGAUUUGUAUGUGCGCUGUGAUACUGUCAGGGUGCACAGAGUGAAGCAGGUGGUUUUCUUAAGAGGCCACAUCCAGAGCCUUCAAUCUAAAAGUCUGAUCCACAAGACAGUGGAGCAACGUCAGGAGAUGCAUUCACAUGGUAGUCAGUGACCAACAAUAGGUUCAUACGCCAUUUGUCUCCUCAGGAUCCUGAAGCCCAUGUACACUGUGGGUUUGGAAUCAGGGUUUUCCAAUUCCCCUAGGUGGAUCCUGCAUAUUCACUAGCCCGAUCAUAUCAUCGGACAUUCGCUUUUCGCCCUCUCAAUUUCGUGAACAGCUGUAAUGCUGAGAGAAGGCAGUGAUUAGAAAUUCUGGGUCGGUGGCUGUAUACGCGUGACCAUGUGAGAGCAUUUUCGAGAGGGAGAAUGUACUCUCCACACCCUCGACCGUAUCAGGGCAUAUAUUUAUAUAUUUCAAUGCAGGAAAAUAUACAUUAAAGGUCAUCGUCAUGUUGAUAGUGUACCGUUGGACUCUGAUUUAAAUGUUUGGACGUUCGUCCUAAAACCUGAAAGUCCUGAGCUAGAUCCCUAGCGAGAUCGUAGGUGUGCACUUCUGGGGAGACUCAUACGAGAUCGAAAUAUCGGUAUUGUCUUUUCUGGUUUUCUAUGGUACACCAUCUGAGAUGACUCUGCGAUAAAUUCAAUUACGUAUCAAACUAUUAGGUUAGACUGCACUAGCUUUCUUGCGUAGCAUUGGGACUGAGUGUGUUAUUGAAAGAUUUAACUUUCAAUCACUUAGUCGUUAAUAUAAACAUUUCCUUCCGUACUUUGUUUUAAAAACAACGUUGUGAUAUACUUCACAAACAAUGAAGUCUUUGACUGUUGAUUUGAGCCUUUCAACAUUGGAUGACAUGGCCUAGAAUCGGUCAUAACAGUGGAAAUGUAUUCCAGUUUCUCUUUAUAUACACUUGUUCGUAAUAUACAAAAUCUGUAGUCAUGUCGUUUGUAUGAGUUCUGCUCGCUGUGCCACUUUCUUUUCUACAGUCUGUACUACGAUCUCCAUCAAAAUGUCGAGUCCGCGGCGCGUUGACCUUCAUAAACCCGUCGGACUGCCGGGUUAUCAAAACCCGACGUACACCCAGCACCCAGGAUAUAAAACACCUGCGCUCCCGAGACUUGACGAUUCAUCUACAUCCGAAGUGCCCUCAGCAGCCUCACUUCCCACCGCUUCUCUCCGUCGAUAGCAUCCGCUACAGUCAAUUUCGCUCUGCCAGAACACUCCACUCAACGUCACCUCCACGCUCCAACUAGCACCUCAGCUUCAGGUCUGCAACGGCCUCCACAGAACGAUAUCCUUCCUCCCCUCCUGGUUGGCACUGACACCGAACGUAGUUGAACGAGAACACAAGUAUGGACAAUCGAAUAUAUCUGCACAUAAAUUUACAGAACAUCUUAAUAAACUAUGAGAACCAUAGAGUAAAUUCUUCAUUUUCAAAAUAUCAAUCAAUUGUCUUUAUUUAUUUAUUUUAGCACAUAGAUAUUGAUAGAAGGAGGCGCCAAAUAUAUAUGCUUCAUACAACUCUCAUUGGAUAUGUGUAAGGGCUGUGAUACUGCCUGGGUGCCCAAACCGAAGCAGGUGGUUUCCUUAGAGGGGCCACACCCCAAGCCUUCGAUCUGAAGAUGUGAUCCCUAAGGCAGUGAAGCAUCGUAAGGAGAUGCAGUCCUAUAGUAGCCAGUGAUCAAUAAUUGGUUCAUACGCUAAUUGUUACCUCAGGCAGGAUACUUGAGCCAGCCAUGUGCACCAUUGUUUUUGGGAUCCGGUUAAAGCACCGGAUAUUCGCUUUUCGUACUCUCAUUUUUGUAAACAACAACCCCACCACGAGGUAGUGAGUAGGGCUACCCUGGCAAAAGCUAUAUACGUGUGGCCAUGUGAGAGUAUUUCGCGAGGGAGUGAGAGGGGACUUUCCCCACUCUCGACCAUAACAGGGCAUUUAGUGGCAAUCAAUCGUCUUAGACUUCAUUGUUCUUUCGUUUCCACAUCAAACAUUCUCUGUUCUCUUUCUAUUUUUUAAUUCAUUAUAUUCUUUUUUUUUAGAAUAAUGGAUCAUCUAUAUAUCCAAAUAAAACUAUGAAUUUAAUUCUAUACUCAACUGAAAAAUCACAUCGAUAUCAACCAAUUGGUUCAAAUCCUAAAUUACUCGGUUCACGUAUCAUUCCAAAUGGUCCAAAUCCUUUAUUUGUUCAUGGACCAAAUCCAUCAUUAGUACAUGGUUCAAUUUAUCAAUAAGCAUACAUCGCUUCACUGUCGAUUACUAUUGUCAAGUCCAUAUAGAUUAUAUUCUAGCUUAUGAACAGGUUAAUUUAUUCAUUCUUCUUGAGUUAUAUUUUAACCUUUUCAAUUAUUCGCUUAUCAAUAUUGACUAUUUUUAUAAUGAGCUUGUGUGUGUGUGUGUGUGUGUGUGUGUGUGUGUGUGUGUGCAACUCUUAUCCCAUACACACCAGAUAUCUGUAACUUAUUUGUAUCUGGGGCUAAAUAAAUAUGGAAUAACGCUUUGAUGAAAUAGAAGUUGGUUCAUAUAUCUUCUACCGCCCCCUGUGCAUCAUUUUAGUUGUACUUCAUUCACUGUGAUACUCUAAUUGUUUAUUCCAAUCAACAAGUGUACAAAAUAUAUACACAUUCUGAUAAAUCUUGUAAUUGGAACGCUAUACUCGAUUCCUAAACUAUUCUUGUACCCCCCCCCCAAGCUAGAAUUAUACAGCGAUCUGAACACGAGAGAGAGAACACGCAAAGUACGCGAAAAUACUUUACUCCAAGGUUCGUUUUAAUACAGAAAGCAUAGGAUUUUUGUAAUAUUCUAAAUUUCCUUCGGUUGCUCAAAGAUUCUGGAAUGCUACUAAAUAUAGUAGCGGUAUAACAAUCAGCCAAUCAAAACUACUACAUGUGAUGUUUCAUAUCUUUGAUGUUUUCUGGCUCAACUCCAAAUGAACGCUGAUUGGAUAAAAUGCUUCUUAAUGUUUUUCUGAUCCUUGUGUGGCUUUUGCGAGAAUUUUUCUGGAUCAUCCCAACACAUUCAAAAAUCCAUUCUCAUAUUUGACUUAUUUCAUUUCGUUAUUUUACUAAUGAAUGUGGAUUAUGUCGAUAAUGAUAUACGAGAAUAACCGAUAUGUAUAUCUCAAUAAUAAUUAGGCUAUUAAAAC